AAGAACAAUCUUGUCGCGUAUUUCAUCUUUGACGUAGACCGGCAUUUUCCCACAACACCCUGCUCCCGACACUCACAGAUGACGAAAAUGGCGGACAACUCGUCUUCGGUGGAGAUUGUGGAAGGCUGUCGCCUCCCCGUACUUCGUAAAAACCAAGAACAUGAAGACGAAUGGCCAUUGGCUGAGAUUCUAAGUGUGAAGGAAGUUUCUGGGAGAAAGCUCUACUAUGUCCACUACAUCGACUUCAAUAAGCGCCUGGAUGAGUGGGUGACGACCGACAGACUGGACAUGAAGAAGCUUCAGUUUCCAAAGAAAGAAGCUAAAACACCCACAAAGAACGGUCUGUCAGGCUCCCGUCCCAGUUCACCAGAGAGAGAGGUGGUGAGUGAAAGAAGAGAAACAGAUACUGACCCCGCUUUACAGAAGAAACAGAGGAAGAGUCUAGAUCUCAACCUACCAUCUGCCACACCCCCAUCCAGAGGCAAAACGCUCCCCACACCGAAGAGGAAAGUAGAGAGCGUUCCCCUGGUGACGCAGGUUCCCCCCGUGACCCCUGUGCCCUCUCUACCAAGUUCAGCCGAAGCUUCUCAGGCGGCUGUUUUUCCUGUUGUCAGAGAAGCCACCACCUUCAAGUCCAGAGAGGAUCACGAACAGCUCUCCUCGCUCACAACGAAUGGCACCGCCCGGCGCCUCAUACCUGCUCAGCCUGGUAGAAAAAGGAAAGCUAACUGCGGGGUCCCAGAUGAGAUGAUAAAGGUUUUGCAGUAUAACAAGCCUCAAAGUGCCACUGUGUUUCUACCGCCACCAGAGGAUUCUCAGGACAGCUCAGACGGCAUCCCGAGCGCCCCGCGGAUGACCGGCAGUCUAGUGUCGGACCGGAGCCACGAUGACAUCGUCACGCGGAUGAAAAACAUCGAGUGCAUCGAGCUGGGCCGACACAGACUGAAGCCCUGGUACUUCUCACCGUACCCACAGGAACUCACCACGUUACCCAUCCUCUACCUCUGUGAAUUCUGUCUGAAAUACCUCAAAAGCCUCAAGUGUCUUCAGAGGCAUUUGACUAAAUGUAAUUUAAGACAUCCUCCUGGCAAUGAGAUCUACCGCAAGGGCACCAUCUCUUUCUUUGAGAUCGACGGCAGGAAAAACAAAAAUUACUCCCAAAACUUGUGUUUACUGGCAAAGUGUUUCCUGGACCACAAGACAUUGUAUUACGACACAGACCCUUUCCUCUUCUAUGUUAUGACGGAGUACGACUCCAAGGGCUUCCAUAUAGUCGGCUACUUCUCCAAGGAAAAAGAGUCGACAGAAGAUUAUAACGUUGCCUGCAUCCUGACGUUACCGCCCUACCAGCGCAGAGGUUACGGGAAGCUGCUCAUCGAGUUCAGUUACGAGUUGUCAAAGGUGGAGGGGAAGACGGGAACUCCGGAGAAGCCGCUGUCUGAUCUCGGCCUCUUGUCGUAUCGUUCCUAUUGGUCCCAAACAAUCCUAGAAAUUCUCAUGGACCUCAAGCCUGAAAACGGAGAACGACCCCAGAUAACCAUAAAUGAGAUCAGUGAAAUCACUAGUGUAAAGAAGGAGGAUGUCAUUUCAACACUCCAGUACCUCAACCUAAUCAACUAUUACAAGGGCCAGUACAUCCUGACUCUCUCUGAGGACAUUGUGGACGGACAUGAGAAAGCCAUGCAGAAGAGGCACCUGCGCAUCGACCCUAAAUGUCUCCACUUCACUCCAAAGGACUGGAGCAAAAGAGGAAAGUGGUAAAACAAACAAACAAAACAAAAAAAAAGAAAAGAAAAAAAAAAAGCAUCUUCCUUUUCACUAAACCCUCAAACCUGGACAGCAGUCAUGGAGCAAAGUGUUGGAUCAGAUCAAGUUUUUUUUAUUAUUCUUGGACUUCUCUUCAGAUAUACAGUGGAACAUGGACUUACUUGAGAUGCAUAAGCUUUGGUUCGCAGCACUCAUCGUUUCUUGAUUAAUAUGUUUGUACAUUCUUGGAAAUGAGUAACGACGUAACAAAACUUGGCGCUCUUCACUGUGGAAACAUUGCUGGUAAUUAACCAAAAUGGUGCGUUUAAAGUGACUGAAGUUUGUUUGUUUGUUUAAUAAUGUAAAAUUAAAACCUGACAUUGGAAACGUUCAAGCUGUCCAAUGUGGGCAUUUAUAGUUUUAGCUUAAAAGUUAAAUAUUUAUUCUGUUGGCACAACUCCAUGUGAUUUUUUAAAAUAUUUUUUUAUCUUGAAAUUAUAAUUAUUAUUUGAUCUUUUGGUCAACAUCUUUUUCCAUAUUUCAAGUGUGAAUAUUAUCAGCCAAGUUAUUUAUCCUGGAAAGGCUUAAAAAAUGAUCCAACAACAGAAACACAUCUUUUGGUUUUUCAAAUGUAGCAUAGUUUAACAAUAUUCCAUUUUGCUCUGAUUAAAGAAUGUGCUCCACACACAAAAAGAAAUAUUAUUUUACUAUUUCAGUUUAAGUGACGUUGUUUCCUUUUAAAAAGCAGCCAGGCUGCAGGAUCUCUAGUCUGUCCUGGUGGGUAAAGGAGGGAAAAAACCCACAGAAUUACAAUCUGUUGCUAAAAUUUAGAGUAAUGGAUGGAAUUUACAGAAUAAGAUAAAUGGCCAACAUAAUUCUCAGUCAAAAUAAUUCCCGUUUGUGGUUCUCUUGAGUGCCUGAAAUUUUAAAUAAGUUCCUUGUAGGCUUUUUGUGUUUUAGUACCAGCCUGUAAAUAUGGUGUUCUUGCAACAAUUGCAAUUUGAAAAGUAUCUAUUCAUCACAUCCUCUGUAAAUAUUUGUAUAAACCAACAUGAUUAUUCAGGUUUAUCACAAACCUAGUUCUGUUUUUUAUUACCCUAUUUUUAAAUAGGCAGAAGUACAAAUGCUGCUGUGUGCUGAUCAUUAAGAUUUUUAUUUUAUUUUAUUCACAUCCUGUGUCACAAAUUAUUUUCCCUCAGUUAAAUCUGUUACUGGAGACUGUAAAUACUGAAGACAGAAGCCAUGCAGAACUGUUAGAGGAAUGUAAAAUUAUUGUACAGUUCCUUUAUUUUUAACUCUUAUCUAACAGGCUGCACAACAUGAAAGAAUUGAGUGAUAAACUGGUUUUAAUGUUUACAUGUGGAGAAAAGGUGAAUUUGUCCUGUUAAAAUACUUGGUAUAUCUUUAAGUGUGCAACACUUUAGUGUCAUUUGAACAUUUGAUAUGGAAGCCUUGUUGAAUUCAUAAAAAAUGUCCUAAAAAUCA